AUGUCGCAAAGAAUAUCCAAGGCCACCAAGGCCUCGCCCGCAGGACCGCCCGUGUAUCCUGACAUCAACACCCUGCGCCAGGCUAUUCCCGCCCACUGCUUCGAGCCGCCCGUGCUGCGAUCCAUGAGCUACCUCGUGCGUGAUGUGGUCCUCAUCGGCGCCCUCGCCUGGGCCGCCCUGCGCUACAUCCCCGCCAUUGACGACGCCGCCCUCCGCGCCGCCGCCUGGAUCCUGUACGGCUUCGUCCAGGGCCUCGUCUGCACCGGCCUCUGGAUCCUCGGCCACGAGGCUGGCCAUGGCGCCUUUUCCAAGCACCCGCUGCUUAACGACGUCGUCGGCUUCCUGACCCAUUCCAGCCUCAUGGUGCCGUACUACUCGUGGAAGUUCUCCCACCACCGCCACCAUAAGUUCACCGGACACAUGGAAAAGGACAUGGCUUUUGUCCCCCGCACCCAGGCCGACUAUGAGCACCGCCACAGCCUCUUCAACAUGGAGUACCUCGAGGACACCCCCGUCUUCCAGGCCAUCUCCCUCAUCUUCCACCAGCUCUUCGGCUGGCUCAUGUACCUCGUCUUCAACGUCUCCGCUGGCAAGGACAGCCAGCAGAAGCCCACGUCCAGCUUCCUGGGCCGCAGCCAUUUCGACCCCAACAGCGCCGUCUUUCGCCGCAGCGAGGCGCCCUUUAUCGCCCUGUCUGACGUUGGCCUGGGUCUGAUGUCCCUUGCCCUGUACAAGCUCUCCGGCGUUGUUGGCACACAAACCGUAGUACUUUUGUACCUGCAACCCUAUGUCUGGGUUCACCACUGGCUAAUUGCCAUUACCUAUCUACACCACACGCACGUGGAUGUCCCUCACUUCGAGGCCGAACACUGGACGUUUGUCAAGGGCGCGCUGGCCACCAUCGAUCGCGACUUUGGCUUCAUUGGCCGUCACCUGUUCCACGGCAUCAUUGAGCACCACGUCGUCCACCAUCUGUUCCCUCGCAUUCCGUUUUACUACGCCGAGGAGGCCACCGAUGCCCUGAAGCCUGUUCUUGGAGACUUGUAUCAUCGCGAUGAUCGUUCUUUCCUCGGACAGCUGUGGUCCAACUUUACUCAGAACAAAUUUGUCGCCGCGGAUGAGGCGGUGCCGGGCGCUCUGAAAUGGGUGCAAAGGACCAAAUAA